UCCUUUUAUUCCAUUCCAGCCAUUACAAUGAGCCUGUCAUCCUAUAGCUCCUCCCACCAGCUGCCACUUGUAUCAAAGUAACUUUUUUAUUGAGACAAAUAUAUUAUUUAUUUUACAAACAUUACAUAUUUAUAAUAUCUACACUGACUUCACCUCUUAACACAUUACGAAUUUGUUUGUUUCCAUCAAAUUCAGAUUGAAGCUUAUGCACUAAGCAGGUCCCAUUGGUGACGUUUAGUGUCCAUUAGGCACUUAGUGUGUCACACCUGGGGAAAAGGGAUUAUAAUCCUAAUGACACAGACUGUUCCAUUUCUAACGACCCUUAUAAAAAGGACCCAUGAUUAUUCCCACCACACUGUAAGAAGGAAUAGACAGAACGGAGACACUUCCAUGGAUCUUAGCAGCAAAACGGUUGUGCAGGUGGUGAUGUUGGCGUUGAUAGCUCAGGUCACUUUAUCUCAGCAUUGGUCGUAUGGGUGGCUACCUGGAGGAAAGAGAAGUGUUGCGGAGCUGGAGGCCACCAUCAGGAUGAUGGACACAGGUGGUGCAAUGGCUCUUCCUGAGGAGACAGGUGCCCAUGUCCCAGAGAGACUGAGACCAUAUGAUGUAAUGUCGAAGAAACGGAUGCCACAUAAAUAAAGAACUGUGAGACAAUUCUUCA